AUAAAAAAUCGAUAAUAAUAACAACACAUCUCUCUCAUUUGCUUAUCCACUUCCAACUCAAAUUAUAAUUUCCUUUCUCUCUCCAAAAAAUAAAUAAAAAAAAAAAAUUAAAUCGCCGAAAAAACCCACCUCAGACCCUCUGUCUCUACUUCCUCUCUCCUCUUCCCCCAAACAACCCCCGCGUGUGGCUUCAAUUUUCUCUCUCCUCACCUCACUUUAUCGGCACCUUUCAUCGGAAUCCUUUCUCUCUCCUCCUUUUUCCCCCAAUUUUUGUAUUAAACCCUACCUUAAUUCUUCAAGUUCAUGCUAUUAAAUCCUCAAUUUCGAUAAAUUUUUCAAUUAAUUUUGUUGUUGAUUGAAGUUUGAUUCAUCCAUUAUUCUUAUGGAUCGGAUCGUCGGCGGCAAGUAUAAGCUUGGUCGUAAGAUCGGAAGUGGUUCUUUCGGCGAAAUUUUCGUUGCUACUCAUAUUGAUACCUUCGAAAUUGUCGCGGUGAAGCUCGAGAAUACUAAGACGAAGCAUCCACAAUUACGGUAUGAGGCGAAGGUAUACGACAUUCUUCAAGGAGGAAGUGGAAUUCCAAGUGUGAAGUGGUCCGGGGUGGAUGGAAACGAUAAUAUCCUCAUUAUUGAUUUGUUGGGGCCUAGUUUGGAGGAUCUCUUUGUAUACUGUGGGAGAAAGUUUUCGUUGAAGACUACCCUAAUGUUGGCUGAUCAAAUGAUUACAAGAAUAGAAUAUGUUCAUUCGAAAGGCUUUUUACAUCGAGAUAUCAAACCUGAUAACUUUCUCAUGGGUCUAGGUCGAAAAGCUAAUCAGGUCUACAUUAUUGAUUUCGGACUUGCAAAAAGAUAUCGUGAACCAACAACGAAUCGCCAUAUUCCAUACAGGGAGAACAAGAAUCUGACAGGGACUGCACGUUAUGCUAGUUGCAACACUCAUCUUGGCAUUGAGCAAAGUCGGCGUGAUGAUUUAGAGUCGCUUGGAUAUGUUCUCCUUUAUUUUUUGAGAGGAAGCCUACCCUGGCAAGGUCUUAAAGCUGCAACCAAGAAGCAAAAAUAUGACAAAAUAUGUGAGAAGAAGUUGGCUACUCCAAUAGAGGUCUUAUGCAAGUCACAUCCUGUUGAAUUUGCCUCGUACUUGCAUUACUGCCACUCAUUGACAUUUGAUCAGCGACCUGAUUAUGGGUUCUUGAAGCGCUUGUUUCGUGAAUUAUUUACUCGUGAAGGAUAUUCUUUUGAUUACAUCUUUGAUUGGACCAUUAUGAAAUAUCAGCAGGUUCAAAAGAGUAGAAAUCAGCCUCAGUUAUCGCCAGCUGCAGGAGGAAGUAGCAGUCGUGCAAUGCCAAUGGAUGUGGACAAUCAAGGGGGGCAAUAUGCCAUGCAUGCUCAUGGUAUCACUGACCGUGCUAGAGUGGGCAAUGGUGCAGCUUUUGAUUCCCACAUGCAUUCUAGUUUAGCCGUUGAGAAAAAACGGACAUCUGAAACCAUGGCAUACAAAGAUUUACCAUCAACUUCAUUUUCUUCACAAGGGAUCUUGAGAAAAGAUGCUGCUGAUCCUGUUAGGCCCACUGAAGCUACAAACUCGAAUCAAGAACAUGUUAAUAAAACUGGUCCUUCAAGCAGAUGGAUUUCUCCCCUGAUGCGAAUUUCAUCUGCAAAGUGAUUGAAGGUGAAAAUUAUCCUGGAUGAUCUCUUAAUGCAAAUCUCUGGGCACCUGUUGCACCUCAGUUUUGCCGCAACCAUUGCUAUUUGAGCUUGUGCCAUGCAAGACAUUCUCAGAAGUGCGGCAAAUAUAUUUGGACUUACAGUGUAUGACCUAAAAAAGCUUGGUGCAACUGGUGUGCUGAUGCCAUGAAUCGCACACAUCACUCUUGUAUUUACAAUCCUGUGUAAUAUGACAACUUGUGGCAUAUUCAUCCGUGUGUGUUCCAUAAAGGUUGCAGAAUCCUCUCUGCCACACGGUUGUCCUCAACAGCGUCCAUCUAUUUGGUUCAUGGUUUUGUGAGUUGCAUUUUGUACUUUUAUGAGAAUCAGGUGUAUGUGACAGUAGCAACAUACAUUAGCUUGACUAUUAUUAAUUCUCUUCUGAUCUUAAUAAAAAAGUUUGGUGGUGUUUAUUGUACCUCUUCA